UUUGACCCCUUGCCCGGUUCGAACUUCGAAGUUCGAACAGCAACUCCUCCCCCGCGCAACCACUCCUCGUCCCCCGCUCCCCGCGACGGCGAAACCCUUCAAGACCACACCCCCCCCCCUCUCGAGGAAGAGCAAACCGGGGCGGCGGAAGCCGCAUGAGUCUCCCUCCGCCGCCGAAGCUGUGGAGCGACGCCGACGAAGUCGCGCUCCUCGCCGGCGCCGCCGCGUUCCGCGAGCGCAGGGGGAUUGGCCCAGCGGCGCCCCGACACCGCCGAGCUCUACGAGUCCAUCAGGGGCUCGAUUAACCCUAACCUCACCAAAGACCAGGUCCACUACAAGCACAAAGCGCCUCAAGGGCGAGCUCCUCCACGCCGCCGUACGACGUCUAUGCCGACGUUUGGGGAUCGGGGACGGAGGAAGGAGCUAAGGACGUGGGAGAUGAGGUUGAUGAAUGCAUCCUUGUGAGAGAAGCACUAUUACAGUAUCCUGUUUCUUGAGAGGUUUUGGUUCGUGUUGUCGAAGGUCGAAGAAUCCGAAAUUUCGAGAAGAACUCGAAAACAUCUCACCGUAUGAAUCACGAUGCUCAGAUAAGUUUCUAAUGUCUUUAUGGUGCUUCAUAUCUAAUUAUGACGCUAGAAUCAUGUAAACUAAUGAUACAUGGAUUAGAAGUGGUUUUCGGAACUUUUGAAAUGAUUAUAACAAUAUUUUAUAUUGAGUACUGGUACCAAGUUCCAGUUCCUCAAAACCGGAUUGAAAAUUUGAGUUUUAUAUUGAGUACCGGUACCCAAAUCAAGUUCCUCAAAACCCGACAGCAGCAAUUCUGGGAAUUGCAUUAUGUACCAGUACCAAGCUCUAAUACCGGUACUGCAUCGACCGAGUAUUGGUACUGCAUUGGCCGAGUACCUGUACUUAGUAUUAGAAAAUUUCGGAUGCGUCCUAGCGUACCGGUACCCACACCCGAGUACUGGUACUCAAUGUAAAAUUUUCUAAUUUAAAUUCUAAUCCGACUCUAAUUGGUUCUAAAGUCUAUAAAUAAAGUAUUAGGGUUCUUUAAUAGGUAGAAGCAAAAAAAAUAUAUGAAAGAGUAACCCUAGAGGCUAGAUUUCUCGUUCUAAAUCAUUUUCCACCAAAUAGCCUCUUUUAGGUCAAUUCGAGAUAUUGAAUUCAACAUGUAUAUGUCGAAUUAAUCUAAAUUUUGCUUAGAGAUUUUUCUUUAGUUCUUCAACGACUCUCUAAGCAAAGGAUCACCAUAGAAAUAUGAAUUUAUUCUUCAUAUGCGGCGUCGUGGAUUCAGCAUGAUCAAGGCGACUCGAGGAUUCGAUUCGUGAGGCGUGGCGUUCGUGGAUUCGGACGUGAGGUGUGGUGUCCGUGGAUUUGGACGUGAGGCAUGGCGUUCGUGGAUUCGAACGUGGGGCGUGGACAACCCGGUGACGUGCGCGAGAUCCGUAGGAAGUUAAAAAGAGGAGAAUGGCUUUCUCGCUCUUUCUUGCUAUUUUGGUUCUCAUGGCCACUGGAGGAGGUCGUGGUCGCAGACGAGGACGGCGAGGAGCUACUAAAAGAACACGUCUUGAGGAAGAGACGUCGGGUUCGGAUUUCGACCACUAUGAGAGUUCUUUUGAGGAAGAAGCUAACACUGAGGAAAGAACGGAUAAAGGAAAAAGAAAAGCACCUGAGACCUCAAAAAAGAAGAAAGGUGCAAGCUUUCCUCCGCGACGCAACACAGGUAGACCGGUUAUCCGCGAGCAAGGAUCAAGUGAACGAGAACGCCGAUUUAAGCAUGCUGUGGAAGUACAAUCAGUUGAUGCACAACGGCAGAAGGCUUUUGCUAGCCGUACUUGCUUGGCGGAGCGUUUCGUGAACUUCAAUGAGCUCACUAGGGAAGUUCCGGAGUUUGAACACUUACUACAAAAAGCCCCUAUUGAGCCGGUUGGGAUGAUUCAAGCACGUGCAGCUUUUUGCGUGGAGCUCAUUCGGGAAUUCUAUAUGCGCGGAAAUGUACUUGUUGAGGAUCAGGAGACAGGGACAUAUCUAUUUGAGACACAUGUUCGAGGAAUAAGGAUACUUGUCACUCCUCACACUAUCGGUGAAAUAUUUGGGUUGAAUGUGGAUACUACCGGUCUGCAGUAUACACAUGGAACGAUUCAACAGUCGUCCCACUGGAACACCGUGAUAAAUGCAAUCUGCAAGUCGGGAACGGUGACAAAUCGCUUAUAUGUGGAAUCCAAGGACCUGAAGCCUGAAUAUCAUAUCCUAUCCUUGGUGAUAUGUUAUAAUGUGUUACCUACCAUUGGGACCAAAAGGAUUCGUUGGGAUCGACUAGUUCUUCUUUAUCUUCUUGGUCAUCCGGAGCGCGCUGACGGAUUGAAUAUCAAUGUUCCUUUCUUGAUGUGGCAAAAGAUGGCGCAUGUCAUUCAAGCUUCGAGACAACGUGUGCUACUCCUAUUUCCUAUUUUGAUCACGAGAAUUUUGCAAGCUAAUGGGGUAGACAUCACGUGCAACAAGUAUGACUAUGGCCUUGGACCUAUUGAUGGAGUUACAUUGGCCAAGUCUAUUAGCACCUUGAAGACCUUCCAACAAAUGAAAGCCUAUACGACUGCUACUUUUGGUUCAACCACUCGGCCAGUAGAGCGUGAGGGAUCGUCUAGCUCAGGGGGAGUAAUUACAUUGGAAUCACUACACCAUGAGCUUCGGACAAUCAAGAAGCUGGUUGAACAAAGCUUCAAGAAAGUAGAGGAUGGCAUCAAGAAAAUAUUGGAAAUACUCGAAUGUCGCCAUGAUGAUGUCUUUCCAGGCGGCACUAGACCGAGCUCAUCACACCCGAUCGAGUCAUCUACUGCCGGAGCACAUGGAGAUGCUGAGGAAAGAGAAGAUGAUGACCAUGAAGGAGACGACGAGUGAUGUUUUCGAUUCUGCACUUUAGUUUAUGUCUCGUCUUUACUUGUAGGAUUUAACAACUUUCUAUUAUGCUUUGGUCCUGUAACUAUGAACAAACUGCUACUCUUUUCAUAGUAUGUUUUCUCUUUAUGUUUUUAUUUUUGGCAAUUUUUGACAAAAAGGGGAAAACAUAAGUGGACAAGAGUUGAACAAAGGGGAGAAUUCGAGGACACUUUCGACGAUGAAGGAGGAGAUGUUUGGAGAUUUGAAGACAUUUGGCAUUGAACCAAAGGGGAAAGAUCGAAAUCGAUUUAACUUUAUUUUUUGGAGAAUUUGUUUUGCAGGGAACACAAGACUUCAAGACUCCUAGUUGUGUCUAAGUCAUAGAGUCUAUCUUAGGAGUUCAUGGAGUUCAUAUGUAAUUUUGACUUUGGAUCUUAUACGCGGGAGGUUCAAUAUUUUGGUGAUGUCAUUGAAUUUCAUUUUUUACUUUUCAUGUGUUUUUGAGUUUUGUCACGAAAUUGUCAAUGAGGGAGAUUGUUAGGGAUCUUAUAUUGGCAAGUUUCGUAAUUUGAGUCGGAGUCUUGAAGGGUUCGGUUCGUGUUGCCGAAGGUCGAAGAUUCCGAGAAGAACUCGAAAAUAUCUCACCGUAUGAAUCACGAUGCUCAGGAAAGGAUCGCCAUAGAAAUAUGAAUUUAUUCUUCAUAUGCGGCGUCGUGGAUUCGGCGUGAUCAAGGCGACUCGAGAUUUGAUUCGUGAGGCGUGGCGUUCGUGGAUUCGGACGUGAGGCUUGGCGUCCGUGGAUUCGGACUUGAGGCGUGGCGUUCGUGGAUUCGAACAUCGGGUGUGGACAACCCGGUGACGUGCGUGAGAUCCGUAGGAGGUUAAAGAGCGGUGGAGUCCGUAGAGUCGGUAAUUACCUUGUAGUGCUAGCUAUAAAAUGUAUAAAGAUCUGCAUUUUGUAAGCAGAUCAACUUCUUCAAUCCAUGAUUACCGUCCGGACUAUAUCAGUAUCCAUUUCGAGAUGCUAUACAAAGAUGAUGAAUUUCAAGAUAGUUGUUGACUCAUAGAAGGUUGGGGUAACAUUUUGAUAUUUGGUGCCGACAAUUUGGAGUAAAAAGAUGCUCCAUUUUGAAACUUAGUAUCCUUCUACUCAGAUAUGUACAGAGGUAGUAUGGCAUAAUCAAUUAUGAUUUGACUAUAUGUGUCCCAUACACUAACCGUCAGCUUUGUGUACAUGGCAAUAUUGUUUGUUGUUGUAAGUUACAGUAACCAUCAUCUUUCUCUAUAUGGCAAUGUCAUUUGUUGUCGUAAA